AAGAUGGCGGGGAGAAACCUUGGACUCAAGAGACGGAGCGUUUCAGGGACUGCGCCCCAGCCACGCGUUCAGCAGCCUGGUACGCGUCGACUGGACCUCCUCGCCAGGGAGGAAGAAUAUAAGCGUGUAAAUGCAGAAUUGGAGGCAAAAACAGCUGAUUUGGUUCGACAAGCUGAAGAAGUAAUUAGAGCUCACCAAGAGGUACAGUCUAGGCCUUCUUCAACACAAGUUAAAUCAUGUGAAGAUGAUGAUUACGGUUUAAGAAGUCUAUUAUCUGAAGAGACAGUUCAACUACAUUCAGAAAGUAAGCCAAAGACCAAAAACAUUGAUCCAGUAAAUAAGGUUCAAAACAAAGUAUUCUCUUCAAAUAAAGGAAGAAAAACAAAAUCAAGUGUAAAAUUGAAAUUCUCUAAUGUGCAAACUGCCAGUGAUGUUGCCAUACCAGAUGAUUUCUCAGACUUUUCUCUUGCAAAAACAAUUAGCAAAAUUGAAGGACAAAUGGAAGAAGGCCUGUCUGAUUACGAAGAUGAUGAUAUUUUUUGUGGUGUUAGUAAGGACAUUGGAACAGAAGCACAGAUCAGAUUUCUAAAGGCCAAACUUCGUGUUAUGCAGGAGGAAUUGGAUAAUGUUGUAUGUGAAUGUAAUAAAAAGGAAGAUGAAAUUCAGGAUUUAAAGUCUCAAGUAAAAGAUUUUGAAGGUGACUGUGUGAGACAGCAACGAACAAUUAAUUUGCAGCAAUCUCAAGCAGAAAAAUAUAAAACUCUUUUUGAAGAAGCAAUCAAAAAAUGUGAUGGAUUACAGCAACAGCUUUCUUCAGUAGAAAGGGAAUUAGAAAAUAAAAGAAGAUUACAAAAACAGGCUGCCACUUUACAAAGUGCUACAGAAGUUCGCUUGAAUAGAGCUCUAGAAGAAGCAGAAAAGUAUAAAUCGGAGUUAAGUAAAUUAAGGCAAAAUAACAAGGAUAUUACAAAUGAAGAACAUCAAAAAAUUGAAGCAUUGAAAUUAGAAAACAAAAAGCUAGAAAAACAAAAAGGAGAAUUAAUGAUAGGAUUCAAGAAGCAAUUAAAAUUAAUUGAUGUUUUAAAAAGGCAGAAGAUGCAUAUCGAAGCUGCCAAGAUGCUGUCUUUCACUGAGGAGGAAUUUAUGAAGGCACUUGAGUGGGGAGAUGCAUAAGUGAUCUACUACAUCAUGAAAUCCAAAUAAUUGUUCAGUCUUGACAGUUUCUAGAGAAAGGAAGUUUCUAAAAUACUACAGUCCU